AUGACGGCCGAAAUUGUGGAAAAACGUGAAGUUAUCGCGCCAGAGGCUCAGGAAAAAGACAUCAUGCCAGAAGCCAUCAAAUCUGACGCCGUGAAGACCGCCCCCUUCGAUCCGCGUUUCCCCAACACCAAUCAGACUCGCUACUGCUACCAAAGCUACAUCGAUUACUACCGCUGUCAAAAAGUCAGGGGCCAGAACUACAAGCCCUGCGAAUAUUUCAGCAAAGUGUUCCACUCCGUUUGCCCCAACGCCUGGAUCGAGAAAUGGGACGGCCAGAGGGAGGAGGGAACAUUCCCCGGCAAUAUUUAA